AUGAACAGAGGCAGGUCCUUUGAAAAGAGCCCCAGGGAAGAUAGCCAGAAAUCAGAGAAGAACUCCAAGGCUUUCAAGGAUAUUUCCAAAUACUUCUCUAAGAAAGAAUGGGCAGAUCUGGGUUACUCAGAGAAAAUCACCUAUGUGUAUAUGAAGAGAAACUAUGACAUCAUGACUGAUCUAGAAGCCCCUCCUCACCUUUACAGACCUCGUGGAUUGUUAAGAGUGCUCUGCUUCCCCAAAUCUUCCAUGUACCACACUCCUGCUCGCAUGGAGACUCCUCUCGGCGAGAGUCUGUGCCCCCCAGGAAAAGCAAAUACCUCUGGUCAGCAGAGUAAGAAAACAUCAGGACACAGGAGAAGGGAGAUUAAUGCCUGGACCCACAGACUGCGGGAAAGAAAGAACUUGGUGGUCUAUAAAGAGAUCAGUGAUUCCGAAGAAGAUGACUAA